AUGCACCAGUCCGACAAAUCCCAAUCUUUUCUUCCUUAUAUCAAGGAUCAUAGUCCCCCUCGUUCUCGCCAGACCUCCGCCUCUUCAAUCUGGGCUCCAAAGCCGCAACCUUUGGAAAUGACCUGGCCAAAAGCUAUCGAUUCCUUCUCUCGCGAUGCAGAGAGGGAGCCGCAGCAGCCCGCCCGUCCACGAAACUCUUCUGCGUCUCAUGCGCCGCUUGGAGGCAGUGAAGACGUGUUCGGUCCCGUUGGACUGGUCGGAAUUCCUCGCAAAAAGGACAUUGGCGCCAUCGGUGAUGGCAGGAAGAAAAGUAGCCCCGAGUUUGAUGAUAGUUAUGCCGAGCAAAUUUUACGAGCCCUCAACCUCAACUCCCCCGCUCCUUAUCCUCAGCAUUUUCCCCUUUCUCUUAAUGUCGAAGCUGCGAAUGGGUCGCCCGGCUCUCCGGAUUUGUCCCCAAGCUCUACGACUUCUACGCUUUUGACACCCACAGAUCUUUCUCCUGCGAAAAUUUUUGACUUAAAACUUAAUCCCCCUCACGAAUAUACUCCCCAUCCUAAUAUAGCACAGCCGUCUCUCUUAUUUGACCCUGUUUCCCCUUAUAGAAACCACGAACUUUUGUCUUCAGCUCAGAAUUUAUCGCAGAGACUUCAUAAUUCCCAGUCUACCAAUCAGCUAGUCCCUAAUGUCUUCCCUUUUUUUGAGCCAUUCUCAGAGCAUCCCUCCCCUAUUCCUCCCUCGCAGUCUCUAUAUGAUAGUGCCUUUUCUGGAAUUUGCCGCCGCCCAGAUUCUUCACGUGUACCUUCCAUGUCCUGGCGUCAGCAGCAAUUUGGGGCGCCUACGGAUUGGCAUAGGCCCGACGAAAAGCCAGCGGCCGAAUAUGCUUCUGGUAUGGCUGUCAACGAGGAUCACAUGCGGUCCUCUUCUCAGUUCGCGUACCAAAGUCGUGGACAGGGACAGCCCCAAGGCAGCACACAUGGGCACGAGGCGUCCAUUUUCCUGCAGCAAAAAUUAAAGGUCGCCGACUUAGACGAGCGUCAUAAGAUUGUAGAUGCUAUAUGCGCACGAGGUUUCGAAAUGAUGUCUCACCGAGGUCGAGUUGUUGAUCUCGCGACCAAUUGUUACGGAUGCCAUGUCCUUCAAAAAGCCCUUGACUGCGAGGAGGAUAUCAGGUUGUUGAUAGUUUCAGAGCUCCUCCUUGGCGACCCUGCGUUGACUCUUAUUAACAAACAUGCCUCUCAUGUAUGGAGCAAGAUCAUGGAAUUAAGCUGGACGGCCCCCGCGCCUCCCAUCUUCGCCUAUGUGAACAAGUCUUUGAAAGGGAAGUGGGCAUCUUUGGCUUGUCACGAAACGGGUUCGCUCGUUGUGCAGCACGCCUUUGAAAACCUGGAAGAAUCUGCGAAAGGUGGGAUUAUAGACGAACUACUUGACCAGGGCCCAGCUGUCUUUGGCGAAAUAACGAAAAAUCAAUGGGGCUCGUAUUGCAUCCAGCAUAUAUUGGAACAUGGGUCUCCCAAACAUCGUCAAAUAACCUUAGAUCACCUCCUAUCUGGUUUAUUAGAAUAUGCCACAAACGAACAGGGAUACAAGUCUGUCACCAAAGCUCUCAAAGAAGGUGGUAAGGAAGCGUUGGACAAGAUUGUUAAAAGGAUGUGUGAGUCUGCUAAAGGGGGCCGUCGGGCGAUGAUCGUCGACUUGGCUUUAUCAGUCACCGGAAGCCAGCUUAUCGCGAGUACUCUGCCUAAUGCAGAUAAAGAUCAACGAACCCUUCUUUAUGAAUGUAUUCGUGGUCAUAUUGUUACUUUACGGGGUUGCAAGACAGGUUCCAAAGUCAUAUGGUUGUUUGACAGAAUGCGUGCCUACUACGGCUACUGAAGAGUCCGACAAUGAAGCGCAUUCACUUUACAGCCCCACAUUUUUUGCAUCCAUCUUUCGAUCUUUUCCACGGUAUCUUGAAGUCAUCCCAACGGCUCCUUCAUGUUUUCUCUUCAAUUGGAAAUUUCACCCAUAUAGCAUGGCAUCCAAUACCAUGCUUUGUCCUAUCGCCCAUUGAAUCUCGGAAGUUCUUCAAAGACGAAAUAUGACCAUUCUCCGAUCUUUCACUGCCGCCUAUCAUCAAUUCACAUCGCAUCACGCACAGAAACACCCACUCGGUUUUGUCCAACUAUUCACUCUGCAAUGUUUAUCGAACAAUCUUCGCAUCGAACUUGUACGCAUUUCCAAUCAUGCUUAUUUCCAUCCAUCGUAAAGCUCUCGCUUCUCCUCCAUUUACUUCGCGCAUCAUCUUCAAAUUUCCUGCGUGCUCCUUGUGCAGGUGGCUGAAGUGCUGGCUCAUUUCUCAAAAUUUCGUAUUCGUUUCCACUUCAGCACAGUUUUCGUCACUCCGAUAUGUUGUGAUCAUUGCAUUUGUAGUCAUAUCACUAUCGCCCACUCUCUUUUGUAGCAUCUGUGUCUUGGGCAGUAAUAUCAUGUCAACAUGUAGUUGACGACUUGGUAC